AUGUCCGACAAGCCUAACACUCCACCGGCUUUGCCAUGGGCUUUGGAUGGUCGAGAGGUCGAUCUCCUCCACUACAUCUUCAAUCGAUCCGAUAUUAGGCAAAUACGAGGGAACCCCGCAAAGGUUCUCGGUGCCAUUGAUGACUACCAUGAACAAUUCAAGCCCCUUAUGAACAUCGGCAUGGUCAAGGGCGAGUUUAUUGUUGGUAUCAUCGCUGAGCGCAGGCCAUCCAUGAUGAUUGAGCUUGGUGGCUACGUCGGCUACUCGGCGGUUUUAUUUGGUGACGCCAUCCGAAAGAAUGGAGGAAAGCAGUUUCUGCGCAUAGAGAAGAACCCUGAGAUGGCAGCAGUUGCCAACCAGCUCGUUGAACUCGCAGGACUCCGCGACUACGUGCGCAUUGUUGUUGGCUCCAGCAACGAGGUGCUCAGAGAGUUGAUCGCCGAGAACAAAGAGAUUGGCACCGUGGAGUUGAUUUUUAUUGACCACUGGCAAGAUCUGUACCGCCCAGAUUUGUGGCUACUUGAAGAGCUGAAUGUGUUGAAACCUGGAAAGAGCUUGCUAUUGGCGGAUAAUGUGAUCAUGCCUGGUGCACCAGAGUACCUCGAAUGGAUCCAUGCGACUCCCCAGGAGAAGAGAGACAUCCUUAGGAAAUUAGAUGUCGGCUUGUUGAAGCCAAACCCGAGUCUUGUAUAUGACUCGCGCGUACAGGAGUUUGAGAAUACCGAGUUUGGACCGCAACGUUGCCAACCUGAAAAGAGUUCAAAGAAUUCAAUUACCAGUUUUACUAGUCAUCUCGUCGAUUAUUGCAACAUGCUUUCUAACCGCGGGGAAAUAUAUGCAAACGCCGGUCUCGCCAAUGGUUAUCUGACCCCAACGAGCCUAUUCGGCAAGGACACCAAAUCGGGCACUGUGUCUUUUGGGAAUGCAGAGAAUUUCCUGAUGCAAGACGUGAUGCUUGAAUACAUCCGCACGCAGGUAGUAUCAGGCCUCGACAACACUAGUCUUACUUAUCAUGAAGGUCCCUUCGGCUCCAAACGUAUUCGUGCAGCCAUGGCCAAGUUGAUUACUACCUACUUCAAUCCCGCUAUGCCGAUCUCAGCAGAGCAUAUUCUUUUCACAAGCGGUGUGACGAGCUUGAACUCGAUCUGGGCUCGUAGUUUAACCGACCCUAGCGAUGGGAUUUUGCUAGGACAGCCCAUCUAUGGCUCCUUCAAUGGAGACCUUCAAGUCCCAUCUGACUGCCAGCUGAUCUAUACCCCUUUCCACGGGCAUGACCAAUUCAGCCCACAUGCCGUGGCUCGGUACGAGGAAACAUACUUACGAGCGCGAGAUGAGGACAAGGUUUCAAUUCGGGCGCUUCUGAUCUGCAACCCGCACAAUCCACUCGGUCGAUGCUACCCACGCGAGUCGUUGGAGGCGAUACUGCGGUUCUGCCAGAAGUACCAGAUCCAUCUAAUCAGCGACGAAGUGUACGCGUUGUCUGUGUACGAAGGCGAUGACUCCAAUGGCGGUUUUGUUUCAGUUUUGUCCAUCGACACAGCCAAUAUCGGGGUGGAUCCAGCCCUAAUCCAUGUGCUAUACGGGAUGUCGAAGGAUUUUGCAGCGGCAGGACUAAGGCUGGGAUGUUUGAUCAGCCAGAAUCGGAGGCUGAUGCAGGCGGCUCUUUCGACCAGUCGGUUCCACUGGCCGUCAAAUAUCUCCUGCAGCAUUGCUGCUACUAUCCUUGAAGAUCGCGAUUUUACGGAGAAUUUUCUUCAAAACAGCCGCAGGUUACUCCGGUCGCAUCGAGAUUUGGCGACACGAGCGCUGAAGGAGACAGGGAUCCCUUAUGCACUUGGCGGAAACGCAGGUUUCUUUCUCUGGAUCGACUUGUCCAAGUGCUUGGACCGUAAAAUCGUCGAUGCUGAGGGCGAGUGGGCCGCAGAGCUGGACUUGUCCCGUCGGCUACAGCAGGUUGGCGUGGAAAUGUCGUCGGGGCAUGCCUAUCACAAUGAAGUUCCCGGCUGGUUUCGCGUCGUAUUCUCGGUGGAAGCGGAGGUCCUGAAAGAGGGUCUAUCAAGUCGCGCGGGCUAUGCCGCCGCACAGGCCGUACCGACGACAAUCAGAAAAUUCGCAACAGCAUCGCCAGUGUCGGCUGCAUCGCGGAAUCACAAAGUGCUUGUGAUCGGUGGGGGUUCUGCUGGCUUAACAAUCAGCCACCAGCUCCUUCGAAAUGGCCCAUUCGUUCAGGACGACAUUGCAGUGGUAGAUCCCUCCACAUGGCACCACUACCAGCCCGGGUGGACUCUAGUUGGCGGCGGCCUUAAAGACAAGGAAGAGCUGCGGAGGUCGAUGGAUAGUCUGUUAGAUUCCAAGCUCAAAUUCUACAACAACGCUGUAUCUGCUUUUUCUCCCGAGAACAACUCCGUCACACUGAACAACGGCGACAAGAUCAACUACGACCACCUUGUCGUCGUGCCCGGCAUCGCCAUCAAUUAUAAUAGCAUCAAGGGUUUGCCUGAGGCUCUUGAAAACAAAGACUCUUUGGUGUCUUCCAUCUAUGGAUACGACACAUGCGACAAAGUCUUCCGCACAGUCAGAAAGCUAGGCCAAGGCAACGCCAUUUUCACACAACCGUUAGGCGUUAUUAAAUGCGCAGGCGCUCCCCAGAAGGUCAUGUGGCUAGCUCUAGACUAUUGGAAAAAGGCAGGACUCUACGAUCCGGCAAACCCUUCCAGUUCGCCUAUCAAGAUUAGUUUCGCUACUAGUCUACCCGCCAUGUUCGGUGUGCCGAAAUAUAGCGCGAAGCUCGAGGAGUUACGGAAAGAGAGGGGUGUCGAGGGGCUAUUCCAGCACGAUCUCGUCGCCAUUGACGGUAAUACAGCUACUUUCACUCGUCUAGAUACACAGGAGCAGAUUAAGAAACACUUUGAUCUUUUGCAUGUCGUACCGAAGAUGGGCCCUCAUGCGUUUGUUAAGAAUAGCCCUCUGGCGAACGAGGCCGGGUUUGUCGACGUCAAUCAGGGAUCACUUCGCCACACUAAAUAUGCUAAUGUUUGGUCCGCGGGCGAUGCCUCUAGUCUCCCGACAGCGAAGACAGCAGCAGCCGUCACUUCCCAAGCUCCAGUUCUUGUCCGCGGCCUGUUGGGAGCUAUGCAAGGAAAAGAGCCCGAUGCCACAUACGAUGGUUACACAUCAUGCCCACUAUUGACUGAGUAUGGAAAGGUUCUUCUUGCCGAAUUCAAAUACGGCGGUGAGCCUAAGGAGACAUUUGGCAGCCUGUUCGGCAUUGAUCAAGCCAUCCCUCGCCGUAGCUUCUAUCAUUUAAAGAAGGAUUUCUUUCCAUGGGUUUACUACAACUCUAUGGUCAAGGGAACUUGGGGCGGGCCUAAAGGCUUCAUCAACUAG